AUGGCCGCCGCCUGCGUUUUCCCCAUGUGUAUUCCUGGUUACCACCGGGCGCCCACCGCGGAAGACCUUUCUAUUUCUCAGGCGCUCCUCCCCCAUCCCGCAGAACAACCUGCUGUCCCGGAAAACGCACUCCAGGCUCUCGGUGAGCUCUUCGUUAGCUAUGGCGCCCACAAGUACUUCGGAUUGCAUCUCCUCCAUGGGCCCUUUUCGGACCCAGUGGGCAAUGCAGCCAUCGGUACCUCUGCUCAUGUCCUCGAAAAGUCGCAGGGAUACCAGACGGAGGCCCUCUCUACCUCCGAUCUAGCCUCGGAAAACGUCUACGGCCAUGUCUUUCGAUUACAGCGAGACGGAACUUUCUUUCCCUACCAGUACUUCAAUGACAAGGCCAGCUACGGAAACGUCUCGGUCGAUCUAGACUUCUUUAUUGAGCUUGCGAGCUUCCUUGAGAAGAACUCGCUGGCCAAUAUUGUUGCUCUCGAGCGUAAGAGUCCUUGUGACGACAGCACUAUGGUCAUGAAUCAGCACGACGUGGCUGCUGGCUGGCAUUUUACUGUUGAAGAAAACGGAGCUAUCUCAUGCAACCGAGACACGAUCUACUUGGGCAGGGUUUUGGGUACUCGCCCUGUCUAUAUGUCUUCCAAGCUGUGA